AUGACGGAACAGCCUGUAUCAGCUGAACAACCUGCACCGCCACCUCCAAAGCCAGUUGAGCUUUCUCCUGAAGUCGAGAGACUCAUGAAGAUUUCCAUGAUUUCAUUUGAUCAACCUUUCACAACUGGAGAUUCACCAGCACCAGAACCAGACUUCACAGUUCUUGGAGAAUUCCAUGGAAAACCUAUUUCUGAGUCAUACAAAGAAGUGGUUCAAUCAAUUGAUGAAACCGAGUUCAAUUUACUUAUUUUCAAGCCACAAAAGAUCAUUGUUGAGUUCAAGAAGUACUUCCUUGAGAAAAUACCGUCCAAAGUUUUCUUCCCGCUUCUCAACACAUGGCCCCCAGCCAUUUCACAAGCUGCUCCAACAGUUAAACCUAUGGUUGACUUAAUUCAGAAGAUGAUUCAAGCAUCAACUCAGCCAACAAAGAUUAUGGCAUGGUUCAUGAGCUGCAUUGCUCCUCGCCACUUCAGUUCCUCUACAAAUCUUCUUGCCGCCACGUGGUGCAAAUCUAAGAAACCACAGUGGGUUCUUUUGAACUCGGACUCAGAAUUAAUCAUCUGCGAAGAAGGCAAGAAAGGCUUGUAUGACGAGAAGAACAAAGGCAAAGCAGCUAAAGCAGAAAAAGUUGGUGAAACAGAUCUUAAAAUUUUCAACGAGAAAGGAACCGAAAUCUUCACAUUUACACCAGCAGACCCAGCCACAAUCGAACUUUGGCUGUCCGCAUUCACAGAAAACAAACCAAACUUCAUUCAAUUUUUAACUACACCAGAUCUUCAAAAGAUCCCCGGCAGCUUGAACAAAGCCAUUCUCUCAGCAUUCAGUGCUGUCAACAGCGAUGCAAUUUGUGCUCUCUUCACUCCAGGAACGAUCAAACAAGAAGAUAUCUCCAGCAUGAUGACCGACGUCAUGAAUAUCUCACAAUUCAACCAGAAAGUCAAUCUCAACCUCAACGCGAUUCUUACAGCCAUCUUCGAGCAGCCGAAAGCUACAGUUGACUACUUAUGCAACGAAGAUCCACUUCUUGCAUCGUUAUUCUCAUACUACGGCCAAAACUACGCAGCUCCAUACGCGGCGAACUUCAUCCGAAAAGUCGCAAAGUAUUUCGAAUCAAAAGGACCCAUUGAUUUCGAAAACAUUGAUCCGAAUGAAUUAGAAAAGACAUUAUUUACAUCAUUGAAGUACAUUCUUGCAAGUAUCCAGUUCAUUCCUCCGAAAAUCCAACAUCUUUGUUCGAUGAUCAAAUCAUACGCCACAAUCAAGUUUAACUCAUAUGGUGCAGUCUUCCGCUUGUUAUCUACAUUCUACACCAAAUACCUUCUCUGUCCAAUACUCCGUGGCUGGGCUACCGGUGACAAACCAACGAACAAAGCUAUGACAGCACUGAUCAAGACAGCAAUGACACUUGGAAAAUACGAAACAGAAUUCCCUCGUUUCGCACAAUUUGACAAACGUCUUUCAAAACUUUACAAGACGAUAGAAAAUUUCAUUCUUGAACUUGCAGUUAUUUUCAACAACAACAAUGGAGAGAUUGACCACAACACGCCACCAUACACUGCACCAGAGUCAUCAGUUGUUGUCCAAUCAUGUGACAAACUUUACAAUUUGAUCACAAAGAACAUUUCAACAAUUUCACCAGUUAUCAAGUACCAAUCAAGUGACAGAUGCUUUGCAACAUCAACACUUGGCUGGGCAUUUGCAUCAUCAAUACAAGUCUACUUCAAGACAUAUUACGAAGAUGAAAGGAAUGAUGAAGAAAAAGUUUCACCAUCAUCAACAGUUUUCGAUCAAUCAAUGGAACCACACAUGUGCACAUCACCAGACAAAAUCCCACAGGAAGAGUGCAACACAGGAAAGUCAUAUGUCCGUGUCAAGAAGCGGGUUAAAAUGACAAUCAAAGGAAGUGACAAUGCAGGUGACCAAGUCAUUGCUGUCUCCAGUGAAGAAGUUGUUUCACCUGAUGGAAAGAAGAAGACAAUCGUCAAGAAGAAAGUCCACAGAAAGAAACAACCAAGUGAAGGAAAAGUUGACAAUGAACAAAAAGAAAGUGACAAAGAAUCCGUUAAAAGUGACAAAGAAUCAGUCAAAAGUGACAAAUAUUCUGUCAAAAGUGACAAAGAUGAAGUUAAAGGUGACAAAGAAUCAGUUAAAAGUAAACAGUAUGAUGAAGAAGUCAAAGAAGAUGACAAGGAAGAGAAUAGCUCUAGCUAUUCACUCAGUUCACAGGUAAAAAAUGAGGAACAUCAUUCUGAAAAGAAUUCAUCUGAUUAUUCAAUUAAUUAA